AUGGGCGCAUCCAUGGCAACCAUCCAUGAUAUCCGGCAGGCUCAGCGCGCACACAGCCCCGCCGCCGUGCUUGCCAUCGGCACGGCGAACCCAGUGACCUCCAUGCUCCAGGAUGAGUACGCCGACUACUACUUUCGCGUCACCAAGAGCGAGCACCUUACCGGCCUCAAGGAUAAGCUCAACAGAAUUUGCAACAAAUCAGGCAUCAAGCAACGCUUCAUGCACGUCAACGAGCAACUCCUGACCGCGCACCCGGACUUGAUCGACCGCACGUUGCCAACCCUCGACGCCCGGAUAGACAUGGCUUCCGCCGCAGUCCCAGAGCUCGCCGCGUCCGCGGCGGCGAAGGCCAUCGCCGAGUGGGGACGUCCGGCCACGGACAUCACCCACCUCAUCUUCAGCACCUACUCCGGCGCCAAAGCCCCGAGUGCGGAUCUCCGGCUGGCGACGCUCCUCGGCCUCCGCCCCACCGUCUGCCGCACCAUACUCAACCUGAAUGGCUGCUCGGGCGGCGGCAGGGCGCUACAGCUCGCCAAGGAGCUCGCCGAGAACAAUCGCGGCGCGCGCGUCCUCGUGGCCUGCUCGGAGCUCACCCUAGUCGCCUUCUACGGGGCCCAGGACGCCAGCCUCGACACCAUCGUCGGCCAGGGACUGUUCGGCGACGGGGCGGGCGCCGCCAUCGUCGGCGCCGACCCUGUCGUCGUCGAACGGCCGCUGUUCGAGAUGGCCUUCGCCACGCAGACGACGAUACCGGGAACCGAGGACGCGAUCACCAUGCAGCUCAGCACAGGCGGCCUCGAUUUUCACCUCUCCAGCCAGGUGCCCAAGCUGCUAGGGAAUAACAUCGAACGCGUUCUGGUCGACGCGUUCCAAUCCCUGGGCGUCGUCGACGUCAAUGCCGCCGCUCCAUGGAACGAUCUCUUCUGGGCUAUCCACCCAGGGGGACGUGCCAUCCUGGACCACAUCGACGAAGUGCUCGGGCUUGACGCGGAGAAGCUGGCGGCUAGCCGAAAGGUGCUGAGUGAGUUUGGUAACAUGAGCGGCGCCACCGUGAUCUUCGUUCUCGAUGAGCUGCGACGCCGCCGUGGCGCCGAGGUGCCCGAGUGGGGGGUGGUUAUGGCAUUCGGACCCGGAAUCACAGUCGAGACCAUGGUGCUGCACGCUGCAAGCAGCCUCAAGGAAAAUGGAUUGGCAUCAAUUUGAUUCAGCGCUGCCUCCUCCCUAUCGAUCUAUCUAUGGUUCUAUACGCAUGUAAAACAGCCAGUAAAUAAAGUCCUAGCAGUAGUAUAUUAAAGUCAGUUGUUGCUUAAUAAUGAUCCAUGCAUGUUGGAUCAAUUCUCCCGUAUCCAGGGCCGGUGGACGAAACUGGAACAGGAGGGCAUUCUUAAUGU